AUGUCAAUCACAAGGAUUGGUGUUUGUACAAUGAACUAAUUUGCGAUGGAUUUUAAUUACAACCUCCAAAAUAUAAUUGAAAGCAUCGAGAUAUGUAAGAGAAAACAAUGCCUAUACCGAGUGGGUCCUGAAUUAGAAGUUUGUGGUUAUAUGUGUGAGGAUCAUUUCUUGGAGUCAGAUACUGUUACUCAUUGCUGGGAAGCUUUAUCAGAGAUAUUGCUUCACACAGAUAAUAUUGUGUGUGAUAUUGGAAUGCCUGUAAUUCAUAAAAGUGUGUUCUAUAAUUGUAGAGUGAUCCUUUUAAAUAAGAAAAUUCACUUAAUAAGACCAAAGAUAUACUUGGCGGAUGAUGGCAAUUACAGGGAGUCAAGGUAUUUUACACCUUGGAGUAAAGAAAUUGAGGAAUUAGAACUACCGACUUUCAUUUAAAAGAUAACAGGAUAAAAAUGUGUACCCAUUGGAGUCGCAAUAUUAUAAACUCUAGAUACAGAAAUAGGAAUAGAAGUUUGUGAAGAGAUGUGGACUCCAAUUCCAACAAGUGCAAGUUAAGCACUUGAUGGAGCUGAAAUUAUUUUAAAUUCUAGUGGUUCUCAUUUUUAGAUUGGAAAGAUAAAGGAGAGAACAGAAUUAUUCAAAGAUAUCACAAAAAGGAAUGGUGCUUGUUAUGCAUUUUGUAAUUUAAGAGGUUGUGAUGGCAAUAGACUAUAUUUUGAUGGUUGUUCUUGCAUAGUAUUGAAUGGAAAAGUGUUUGCAAAAAGUGAUGCUUUUUCACUUAAAGAUGUCGAAGUUACUACAUGUGAUAUUGAUUUAUAAGAGAUAAGAAACAUUAGAAUAAACAUUAAAAGUAGAUCUUUGAUGGCUUCAAAAUAAAAGCAUUUCCCUAGAAUCAAAUUACACAUUAAUCUGACCUAAUAAUAAAACUACGUAUAUUAUAGAGACAUCCCCAUUCAAUAUGAGUCUGAAGUAGAAGAUUCUAUGGCAUGCUACUUAUGGGAUUAUUUAAGAAGAUCAGGAGCCUCAGGAUUCAUGCUUCCAUUAUCAGGAGGAGUUGAUAGUGCUGCAACAGCUAUUAGUGUAUUUUACAUGGCCAACAAAAUAUUUAAAACUAUAUCAACCAUUGACGAUGACUAUGGUAGUCAUCAUAAAGUGCUUAAUCAACUUCGAUAAAUAGUCUAGGAUGACUAAUUCAGUCCUAAAUCUCCAUAAGAAAUUGUCAAUAAAAUCUUUUUUACUGUUUAUUUGGGAACUCAAAAUUCGUCUCCUGAUUCCAAAUAUAGAUCAUAACUUUUAGCAGAGUAAAUAGGAAGUUAGCAUUAUGAAGUUAAUAUAGAUGAAAUUUGCAAUGCCUGUCUAAGUGCUAUCAAACCUAUAGUAAAAGAGGAUCCUUAAUUUAUUGCGAAUGGGGGCACAUUAUCAGAAGAUUUGGCAUUGUAAAAUAUUUAGGCAAGAUCAAGAAUGAUUAUCACUUAUUUAUUGGCUUAACUUACUCCUUGGAAUAAUGGAAAGUAAGGAUUCUUGAUAGUUUUGGGUUCAAGCAAUCUUGAUGAAUCCUUAAGAGGUUUCUUAACCAAAUAUGACUGUUCCAGUGCAGAUAUUAAUCCUAUUGGAAGUUUGAGCAAAAAUGACUUAAAAGAACUUUUAGACUUUUGUUACAAGACUUUUCAAUUUUCUGCCCUAAAGUUGAUUUUGGAAGCAAAGCCAUCUCCAGAGUUAAGACCAUUAACAGCUGAAGGACAUGUUUCUGAAAAAGAUAUGGAAUUAACUUUUGAUGAAUUAGAAACUUUUGCUAAGUUACGUAAAGUCCAAAAACUUGGCCCAGUCAGUUUAUAUAAAAAAUUAAGGUAUCUUUGGAGUGACAUUUCACCAAAACAAGUAGCAGAAAAAGUUAAAAAGUUUUUCAAAUUUUAUGCCAUUAAUAGACAUAAGGUUGUUAGUAUAACUGCAUCAUUUCAUGCAUAAUCAUAUUCUUGUGAUGAUAACCGCUUUGAUUUUCGUUAAUUCUUAUACAAUUGGAGAUGGCCAUGGCAAUUUUAAAAAAUUGAUGAAAAUUCUGAGUGA